GCAGGAGCGGCCCACAGCUCUGGCAGCUGGAGCCCUUGGCCUGGCCGGCUCAGCUCCGCAGCCAGGGGCUAAGGCAGGCAGGACCCAGUGCUUUCCCUGGGGCCCAUGUGACUGUGUCCUCCUGAGCCAGCUGUGGGAGGUCCUUGGCGGUACAGUCCCCUUUGGGUGCUCAAGGGGUGCCAGAGACAGAACGAGCCCAGUGAGCACGCUCAGCCUCCCAGCCGCCCACCGACUUCGCACUUGGCUGAUGAUGGAGCCGAAUGAAGCCCCACAGCACGUGGGUUCCUCCAACGCCGUCCAGGAAGACGUGGCCUUCAACCUGGCCAUCCUGUCCCUCACCGAGCUCCUCAGCCUGGGUGGACUGCUGGGCAAUGGUGUGGUCCUUUGGCUGCUCAGCUGCAACGCCUACCGGAACCCCUUCUCCAUCUACCUCCUGGACGUGGCCUGCGCAGAUCUCAUCUUCCUCAGCUGCCACAUGGUGGCUGUUGUGUCCGACUUGCUGCCUGGCCAGCUGGGCCUCCCAAGCUUCAUCCAGACCAGCCUGGCCACACUCAGGUUCCUCUGCUACAUCGUGAGCCUGAGCCUGCUGGCAGCCAUCAGCACGGAACAGUGCCUGGCCACGUUCUUCCCGGCCUGGUACCUGUGCCGCCGCCCGCGCCACCUGACCACCUGUGUGUGCGCGCUCAUCUGGGCUCUCUGCCUGCUUCUGGACCUGCUGCUUACGGGGGCCUGCACCUUGUUCCUCGGGGAGUCCAGCAGCCGCCUGUGCUGGACACUGUGGGUGGUGCUGGCCGCCCUGCUGGCUGCACUGUGCUGCGCCAUGUGUGUGUCCAGCCUGCUCCUCCUGCUGCGGAUGGAGCAUGGUCCUCUGCGGCACCAGCCCCGUGGCUUCCCUGCCCUGGUCCUCCUGGCCGUCCUUCUCUUCCUCUUCUGUGGCCUGCCUUUCGGCAUCUACUGGCUGUCCCGGAACCUGCACUGGCACAUCCCCCACUACUUCUACCACCUUAGCUUUCUCACGGCGGGCAUGCACAGUGCAGCCAAGCCUGCCAUCUACUUCUGUCUGGGCAGCGCUCGUGGCCAGGGGCUGCGGGAACCCCUCCGACUGGUGCUUCAGCGGGCUCUGGGGGAUGAAGCUGAGCUGGGGGCCAGGAGGGAGACCUCCCACAGGGGCCUCAUGGAGGUGACUGCCUAGGCCCUGUGAGCGCUGACCACAGCUCCAGCCUGCAGGCCCUGGGGGAGGUGCUAGAGUGGGAUCAGAAGACUUGGAAGGAGGACUUUGCUGAUGACCUAGUCCCAUUCCCUGUACCUUUCCCCUCCCAGUGCACCAGGCCCACAGGAAGUUGCUGGAAAGUCCAGAUUGGAAACCAGGUACCUGGAGGACCUAGAAUUGUCCUUUUGAGGAAACCUCUGGGUGCCUUCUCAUACUCCAGAACUUGCAGGAGCUGCUGUGUUACAUGCACAUUCUUCUGAUACAGAGAGGAGACAGGGAAGGGAUAGGCAGGCAGGUUGCCCGCCAGGCAGCAGGCUCAGACCAACUUCCACUAGCUCAUCCUCCCUCCCCUCCUGACAGCUGCAGGCAUCUCCAGUGCACCUCAGUUCUCCUUGCCCCUCCCUCUGCUGCAGGCUACCAAGGUCCCAAAAUAGUAGGCUGGCUUAGGAAGCCCUCAGCGGCUAAGCCACAGAAGAAAAUGUCUUCCAGACCCUCAAACCACAGCCUACAAGCAGAGUCUGCCUGAAUCCUAUAGGGGGCCAAAAGCAGAGCAGGAGCCUGGUCCAGAGUGCAAGGGAGAAGCAGCCAAGUGAACACCGAUAGAAGCCAGGGCAGGCCAAGACUCAUCACUGCAGGACAGGACACAGAUGCUACAGGGGCACAGUAGUUACAGUGCCUGGUGACAGGCCACGCCCACCUGGGCUCUUGUGAGGGGCUGCGGGUAUGGAGCCUCAGGAUGCCAUCUGUCCCAGUGCUGCCCAAAGCCUAAUGCCCUACACUGGACAUAGUGGCCAGCAGUGUCCUUGUGACCAUGUUAUCAUCAGUAGAGAAAUGGCGACACCUCAAGCCUCAGUGAGCUCUCAGAGCAAGGCCUGGCGUGGACGGGGCAGCUUGAGGUUCCGCCCACAUGGCUGCAGAGACUCCUCCACAUUAACAUUCCCUUGCAGGGGGAGGCAUGGAAGGCUCAGGGAUAGAAUAUUAGAAUCCCAUGGAGCUGCUGUUCAAGGCCGUGAGAUGGGGCCUGGACAUUGCAAACCUUGCCCAGGGCUUUGGAAAAGCUGGCAGCCAUUGAGGUUCCCUGGACCCCAACGUGAAGCAUAUUGCAUGGGCAGAGGGGCCAUAGAAGGCAGGAGGCCCCUCAGUCCUGCCCACAGCUAGAGCAGCUGGAGCAAUCCUGCGCACUGGCGGCAGCCCCACCCUCCAGGAGCCCAGCUCCUGAGCACCUGCAUAGCUCCUCAUCAUGCCUCUGCCCCAGCAGGCUUCCCCACAGCAGGCAAGAGAGCUGCCCUAGUACAGACAGGGGGCACAGAGAUGAACCCAGAGCCACCCACCCAGGAGUCUCUGCUCAUGGCAUGGGUAGCUAAGAGCAGGGCUCAGAGCCCACCAGCCUGUGCUGAACCUAGCUUGCUGCCACCUCCAUGUCACUGUGGGUGAGUUAACCACCCUAUGCCUCUGCUUCCUCAUCUGUGAAGUGACUUCAUAUGUACAAAAAAGUUUGAAUCCUA